UGUUGGAUGGGAUGGGGUUGGGUAUGGGUAUGGGAAUAAACGAAUAAGAAACAAAUAUACAGAUUGUGGAUGAACUUUACAUUUAAAAAGGGUUUUUUGUUAGUGUAGCAUGACAAAGUUCCUAAAGCUGAGUUGAGAAUCAGAAGAGUUUGAAAGGAAUGGUAAUGCAAAUCAUUGUCAUUCAGGGCAGGCAGAGUGUGGAGGUGACAAAGGUGCUGGAGAAAUUAUAUGGUCCAUCGGAUGAGAGCGAAGGAUGGAAGAAUGAAGUACGCAUCACCACCAGACACAGUCCUGCAUGGGCCAAACACACUGGAUAUGUCCGGAGCAACUCAUCUCCAGACAGCGAGGAUUAUUUGGUUGAUCCAAUACAGCAACUCACAGCGGAGAUAACGUUUCCUGAGCAGCAUACCAUCAUGCGAAGAAAGAUGUGUGAGCCACACAAGGAAACAAACCAACAAAGACCUACUGGAGGACCAAGGGUAUCAACGCUGCAGAUUAACACGCUUGGAGACAAAGCCAGCAGAGUGUCUCUAUCCGAAAGGAAGGCAGAUGGUUAUGAGAGAGAAUUUCUUCGCAACAAGAUCAGAGAAGCUGGAAAGCUGUCAAGUUCCUCUGUAAUGAUGUCACCUACGGAAAGCCUGGAGGACAUACUAUACCGCAAAACAAAACAUGUUUUUGAUUACCCGGUCAGGGACAUGAAAGGACUACAGGCAGGACAACAUAGAACCAAUCCAUCUGUGUAUUUGAGAAUGCCCCCUAUGAUCCAAUGUAGUUCUGGAGCCCCCUCUGUCACAUACUCAAAGGUGAGGAGAAUACAAAUACAUAUAUAUCAUAUUUCGACCAGUUUAGAUCAGUUAUUAAUUUCUGUUUCUCAUUUUGUUUUACAGAGAACUGAUUAUACUAUAACACAGUCAAGAGUAAGCAGGAAAAAUGAAGACAGCCAACACUUGCAGAAGGUAAAAGCCAACAAAGGAUGGGUGGAGCCAGAGAGGAACGCUUAUGAUUCCAGAUUGUCCACUCAGAGGGCUGGUACAGCCAGUGGUUCAAAGGCAGUGAGGAAGAGUUCAGACAUAAUCAGUAAGGAGAAGAAAAGCGCUCACUACGCUGAGCUGAAGCAACAGGUGCAGGAGAGACGACAGAUGAUGGAGAAGGAGAGAGGGAGGAACGCAGAUGCUGAACGACAACACCAAGAGAAAAUGGAGUUUGGGACCUGGGGGAAGCCGGGCGGUGGAGCCCCUAACCCCGGCUCUGUGAGAAGGUCAAAGUUUGGGUCCCAGCCCCAGGUAGUUGACCUCGCAGAAAGCCUUUUCUUAUGUCUCUUCCUUUAGAGAAUUACAUUUUCUCAUCGUCUUCUCCUCUCCUUCAGUCUCAUCCAUCCUCUCCUCUUUUCUUCUCUUCUCUAACUUCCUGUCCUCCAUACUCUACCUCUUCCUCUCUCUCACUCAUUGUUUCCGCUUCCAA